AUGGAACCUGACAAGAAACCCGCUGGCCGCACAUCUGGCCGCACAUCUGGCCGCGUAAGGAAACCAACUCUGAGGGCCCAGGAGGCUGAACUCAGCAAAGUCACAAAACCUAAGGCAAAGCCCAAACCCAGGAAGAAGGCCGUCAAAAAGGAGGCCCCAGCACCGAAGGCCCCAAAACCAAAGGGCCCAAAGCCAAAAGAACCAAAGCUGGAAACCUCGAAGCUGGAAGACCCAAAGCUAGAGAGCCCAGAGCCGGUCAACCCCAGAAAGAGGAAGAAAGCUGGUACGCCAGCUGUACCGCUUGCAGUACCAACAAUCCCGGAGAUUGUUGUUACCGACGAGACUGGACGAGUUGUUGCGUUGCCCGCAACACCAGUUCGCCUGAGCGAAGAGGACGAAUUCGCAGUAACCGUGCUUUUAGGGCUGGCGUCGGCAGCAUUGGCACCAGACUUCAAGCCGGAAGUCGAGGUUGAUUUGGGGGACCUCAGUCACCAGUUUUACAGCCAAUUCCCAACCGCAGAGGAAGUAGAGACGAUGGGUCGGCUGGCCGACCUGUCUGAGCUCAGCCAUCCAGAUCUUCCUCGCCCGUACACUGAUAAGGAUGGAUGGGUGCAUACGGGCCGUGUUAAUGAGCACGGAGAGGAGUAUAUCACCAUCCCACCGUCCUUCACCCGGUGGACACCCGCGCCAGCUACUGAGCCCUCACCGACCACCGAGGCCCAAGUCAUGUACCUCAGCCCAGCAUGA